AUGCGAGAGAAUCAGGAUAGCUUCACGAAAUAUUGGGGCGACCACUUGUUUAAACACGCGCCGUGCUGUUCAUCGCUCAAAUUUGCACACCUGAAUACGGUAAAUGAUCCGUGGACUAGCAAAAUAUUACAGCAAAAAGUGUGUGAUCGUGUCCUGGCAGUGAGCGACGGAAGUACAGAUGUUAAGAUCGUUGACACUAUCGUCGUUACGCACUCAAUGGGUAAUCUCAUGCUUGCUGGUGCACUUGCCAACGGACUUUGCACGCUAGACUCUAGCUCAACAUGGAUGGCCUUGGCGGCACCUAUGAAGGGUAGUAUGGCGUCUGAUUUUACCCAGAAGUCCUGUGCUGGAAAUACUUCCACGACCUGGGAAGAAUUUGGAAAGAUUACGGGGAGAUGCCCUCCGAGCACCGCGUUGAAAGCGCUGGCAUACCAGGGUGGGGAAUACAGUUCCAAGAGCCUGGAUGAAGCGUAUGUAGCUGCACAGGAAGCUUACCAGACCAACGUGUUUGCAAUCAUGUGUAGCAAGUCAAGCUCCGGAAUUCUGUCCAAGCACCAAGCUGAGUAUUGGGCUUUAUCGAAAUCGAUUCCUCAUCACUCUCACCACAAUGAUGGCAUGGUAGAAUUCGACAGCUGCGUUGGAGGGUUUUCUUCACCGAAGUUUGGUGAAACCUGGAGAGAUCGUUUUUACUUGGCAAAAGCGAACCAUGAAGACAUGAGGUUUUUAAAUGGCGAUUCACGAUGGAACGAGGCAAAGAAGCCUCUAAAAUGGCUCGAAUGCUUGUUAUAG